GCGGCGGCGCACGGCGGCGGCGGCUCCACUUUCCAGGACUCAGGGGCGGCGACAGCGCCAGCCGCGGGCAGCAGGCUGGGCAGCCGGAGCUGGAACGGCCGGGCGCGGCGGCGGCGCCGGGGGAUCUAAAAUGUCCACUGAGGCACAAAGAGUUGACGACAGUCCGGGCACUAGUGGAGGAAGCUCCGAUGGAGACCAGCGUGAGAGUGUCUAGUGGGAACCAGAGAGAGAGCAGGUUCAGCCGAAGAAGAAGGAGGGGAAGAUAUCCAGCAAAACAGCUGCUAAACUGUCUACUAGUGCUAAAAGAAUUCAGAAGGAACUUGCAGAAAUUACGUUGGGCCCACCCCCCAACUGUAGAUUUUCAGAGUAAUCUCCACAAAGUGUACCAGGCUAUAGAGGAGGCCGACUUCUUCGCCAUCGAUGGGGAGUUUUCAGAUCUAGGAAUCAGCGAUGGACCUUCAGUCACCGCAUUAACAAAUGGUUUUGACACUGCAGAAGAAAGGUAUCAGAAGCUUAAAAAGCAUUCCAUGGACUUUUUGCUGUUUCAGUUUGGCCUUUGCACUUUUAAGUAUGACUACACAGAUUCAAAGUAUAUAACGAAGUCUUUUAACUUCUAUGUUUUCCCGAAACCCUUCAAUAGAUCCUCACCAGAUGUCAAAUUUGUUUGUCAGAGCUCAAGCAUUGACUUUCUAGCAAGCCAAGGAUUUGAUUUUAAUAAGGUUUUUCGCAACGGAAUUCCGUACUUAAAUCAGGAAGAAGAAAGACAGUUAAGAGAGCAGUAUGAUGAGAAGCGUUUGCAGUCCAACGGCGCAGGUGCUCUGUCCUACACGUCUCCUAACACUUCAAAGUGUCCCGUGACAAUUCCUGACGAUCAGAAGAAGUUUAUUGACCAAGUAGUAAAGAAAAUAGAAGAUUUAUUACAAAGUGAAGAGGACAAGAACUUGGAUUUAGAGCCAUGUACUGGGUUCCAAAGAAAACUGAUUUAUCAGACUUUGAGCUGGAAGUAUCCCAAAGGCAUUCAUGUUGAGACUUUAGAAACUGAAAAGAAAGAGCGAUACAUUGUUAUCAGCAAAGUAGAUGAAGAAGAACGCAGAAGAGAGCAGCAGAAACACGCUAAGGAACAGGAAGAACUGAAUGAUGCCGUGGGAUUUUCUAGAGUCAUUCAUGCCAUUGCUAAUUCGGGGAAGCUUGUCAUUGGACACAACAUGCUCUUGGAUGUCAUGCACACGGUUCAUCAGUUCUACUGCCCUCUGCCCGCGGACUUAAAUGAAUUUAAGGAGGUGACAACAUGUGUUUUCCCCAGGCUCUUGGAUACAAAAUUGAUGGCCAGCACACAACCUUUUAAGGAUAUCAUUAACAACACAUCCCUUGCAGAAUUGGAAAAGCGGUUAAAAGAGACACCUUUCAACCCUCCUAAAGUUGAAAGUGCAGAAGGCUUUCCGAGUUACGACACGGCUUCUGAGCAGCUCCACGAGGCCGGCUAUGAUGCUUAUAUUACAGGACUGUGUUUCAUCUCCAUGGCCAACUACCUAGGUUCUUUUCUUAGUCCUCCAAAGAGUCAUGUAUCUGCCAGAUCAAAACUCAUCGAACCUUUUUUUAACAAGUUAUUUCUUAUGAGAGUCAUGGAUAUCCCCUAUCUAAACUUGGAAGGACCAGACUUGCAGCCUAAACGUGAUCACGUCCUCCAUGUGACAUUCCCCAAAGAAUGGAAAACCAGCGACCUUUACCAGCUUUUCAGUGCCUUUGGUAACAUUGAGAUAUCCUGGAUUGAUGACACGUCAGCAUUUGUUUCUCUCAGCCAGCCUGAACAGGUACCAAUUGACUUAGCUUUGGAAUCAAACCCUUUUGACCACCCAAGGGCAAGCACAAUUUUCCGGAGCAAAUCUGAAACGGACGUGCGAGAAAAGAGGAAGAGCAACCAUUUAAACCAUGUAUCUCCAAGGAAGCUUACUAAAAGGUAUAGCUCAUGCCCAACCAUAUUUCCAGAUGACAGCACAGUCAGCGAGCCUAAUCUUAGAACCACAAUAAAAUGGGUGAGCUUAGAAAUAUAUAACCACAUAAAAAACAGAGAUUCUAAUAGGUCCUUGGACAUUUUUGAUGAGAGAUCACAUCCACUCACACGAGAAAGGGUUCCGGAGGAGUACUUUCAGCAUGAUCCUGAACCCAAAUACAUCUACAGAUUUGUGUAUGCUCUCUUCAGUGCCGCCCAGCUGGCUACUAUUAAAUGUGCAAUAGUGACUUUGGUUUACUUAGAAAGGCUUUUAACUUAUGCUGAGAUCGACCUUUGCCCCACUAACUGGAAAAGAAUUGUUUUGGGAGCCAUUCUUCUUGCCUCCAAGGUUUGGGACGAUAAGGCUAUUUCGGACUACUGCCAGAUCCUAAAGGACAUUACACUUGAGGACAUGAAUGAGGCGGAACUGCACUUUGUGGAGCUCCUCCAGUUUCAUCUUAAGGUUUCCACCAGUGUUUAUGCCAGAUACUACUUUGACCUUUUCUCCUUAGCAGAUGACGACAACCUGAGUUUUCCAAUUGCUCCUUUUAGCACAGAAAGAGCACAGAGCCUAGAGGCCAUCUCCAGACUGUGUGAAGACAAAUACAAAGUGGGCAGAGUUGCUGUGAGAAGGUCUUUCAGCGCUGAUCAUUUCAUUGGUAUUCAGCGCUCCAAUGCCAUCCUCUCAUGAACAGAGAGAGGUGAGGGGUUGUAACAUCAUGAACCCCUCGUAACAAGGACUGGAGAAAUACCACCUCUCCUGCUCAGAAACCAGCAAAGUUAGUAUUUCACCCAGAAGAAAGACACUGAAUUCAAGAGACUUGCAGACAGCAAAGGUUAUGGUCAUAGGAAAAAACUGGACCUUGUCAAGACAACACACUCUUCUGUCCUUUUUAAUGUAAACAGAGUUACAAAAACCACUCCAAAGCUAAAAGCUCCCAACCCACCCACAGAUAUUUGCUUACUGUGUAGGCCGAUAACUGUGAACUAUGUGAGGUUUUUUUAAUAGUUUAAAUUUUUAGACUUUAAAGACACUAACUGUAUAACUUUUACUUUUUCCUAUUUUUCUCACCCAUAUUGCUGCAUAUUCCUUUAGAAUCAGUGCAGUAUUGCCGUUCAAACACGGGACUCCUGACAACUCAUAUAGCCACUUAGGAACAGACUGCUGUAGCACUGUUAGGUUUUGAAGGAUUCUUCCUCCCUAUUUCAUUGAAGCUGCUAGUCAUUUUUGGCAAUCAGUUUAAACCAAAAAGCUGCUGAAUAACACUUGUCAUUCAGUUUUUUUGCAAGCACUACUUAUUAGCAUAUUAGCAUGUUUGGGAUCAUAAGCAGAGAAAGUAUGUUGUUACCUGCUUCUAUUGGGUCCCUGCUGCGUUUCUUGUUAACUCUAAUGGUGCUUCUCAUUUUCUGAUGAUUUUCCUCUUUGUUAAAUACUUGUAUUAAAGGAUAUUUUCAUAAUUGCAGCCAACCUGUUAGUCCAGGAAUAAGCAGAUAGUGAAAUAGAAGGUGUCCCAAAAGUCUUGGUGCAAUUUUAAGCUUUAAUACAGUGUGCUUGGACACUCCAGGACACUGCCGUGGAAGUAUAAAUGCUACAGACGCAAAAUGUGACUUGAAAGUUUACUUGAAUUUCUUCUAAACUCAUUUGGUUUUGUAAAUCUUAGAUGUUAAGCUUUUAAUUUGAAUUUUUUGUUUCAGUCCCUCUUGAAGAUGGCAAACAAUAGGCUAAAACAAAAGAUUAAAAUUAAGAGCUUAAUGUUUAAAAUUUACAAAACUAAAUGAGUUUAGAAGAAAUUCAAGUAAACUCUCAGGUGAUGUUUUGUAAGUUUGUAGCAUUUAUAUUUCUACAAGUAUCAAAGCUUCAAAUUGCACAAAGACUUCAGGAGGAUAUCUUGUAUCUUUAUAGACCUGGCCUCCUCUUUUUAAAAUAGUCCUUUGCCUGGCUGGGCUGUUGAUCUGCUUGAGCCUGGAAGUUUCUUUUUUAUAGGUUUGGUAAAGGAAUUACGAACAAUAGCAUUAGUUAUCAAUAAUAAACUGAAAGGAACUGGACCCUAGUAGUAGUGACAGGGAAGUAAGCGACAUGAAACAGCUUUUCUGUUCUGCGUGUUAACCUGGCUGUAGGUGUGUCAGUUCAAGUUGUUACUUGAGGAAAGAUAAAUCUUAGGAACCCUUACCUCAGGCUUUUUAAAACACAGGGUACCACUUAGCCACCAGGAAGCCCAUUAAAAGACAGGGAGGUCCAGUAAUCAGUCUUUUAGGAAAUUGGUAAUGAUGUCACCUAAAUGUGAAACAUUAAAAAAAAAAAGUGUUCUCAACUAUGUAAAAUCUUUCUCCUACCUUCUCAAACAUAAUCCUAGGAAUUUUGCCUGUAAACAAAGCAUUUCUGGGCUAUAAAUACUUUCUCUCUUUAUAGCAAGGCUUCACAUUAUAUUGAGUGCCACAGGUUCCAUCAUUUUUAAAGGACAGAGACAUAAACGAUAAAUAAUGGAUAUAAAAUAUUACAGUCUACCACCUCAAAAAAUGUUGUUUAUGGAGCUUGGAGAUUCAAGUAUCGAUUGCAGUUUUAUUUUGAAAAGGAUGCUACAACUUGUGUGGUUUUUCUUCCUCAUGUUUAUAUUAAAAGAAAAGAAUAAAAGUAUUUUAAUUAAAAUA